AUGGACGACACGCCUUGGGACGAACUCCCACACGACGACUAUGGCCCGGGGUUGCUCGCCACAGUGUGGACGCUCAUCGGUAUUGCUGGUGCGUUUAUCGCCCUGCGGAUAUACUGCAAGUUCUCGCGUGGAAGAGGACUGUGGUUAGACGACCAUGUGCUGGUUGCAUCGUGGUGCGCUCUACUAGCUCUCGGAUCGUUCAUCUCCAUCGAUGUGUCAUACGACUUUGGCAAGCACAACUGGGAUAUCACACCGGGAAAUUGGUCGUGGCUAUUGCUCUACGCCAACCUCUCUGGGUCAUUUUCGAUUAUCGCGGCAGCGUGGAGCAAGACGUCAUUCGCGCUGACUCUGCUUCGCAUCACACGGGAAUCCUCCGAACGAUGGAUGAAGCUGCUCGUGUGGUUCAUCAUCAUCUCGAUCAACACAUUUCUCGGCGUCAAUGUGCUCUUCACCUGGAUACAAUGUUGGCCGGUCGAGAAAACUUGGAGAACGGCAUCAACACCUGGCACGUGCUGGCCAAAGAGCAUCAUGAUGAACUACAACGUCUUCACCGCAUCGUACUCUGGAGGCAUGGACAUCGUGCUCGCCAUAUUGCCUUGGAAGAUUAUAUGGGGACUCACAAUGACCAAAAAAGAGAAAUUUGGUGUCCUGAUUGCUAUGAGUAUGGGCGUAUUCGCCGGCGCUGUAUCUUUCAUCAAGAUCCGAACGAUUGCUGCGAUUGGGGCUUUUGACAUUAUCGAUACUGUCGAGUUAGUGAUUUGGGGUGCAUCAGAAAGUGUCGUCACAAUCAUCGCUGCAACCAUACCGAUACUACGAGCCUUGGUCCGGGAUCACAAAGCACCACCUGCUCGAUUCGCCAGUGACGAAGAGUCUAUGAUGCGCCGUCUAGGAGCAGCUUCCCUGGCAACGGCUACCGUAGCGAGUCCAGGGGUUAGGAGAUCAAGAUCUGAUCUCGAGUUAGUAGAGUGGAAGGACCCUAUGACUGAAACUCGGACAGACCGGUAUGACCAGGCCUCGAGGUCGUGGAUAGUAGGAGAUGUGAAGUUUGACUCAAAAAGAGGAGAUGCAAUGAUACCACCAAUGAAUGCUUUCAAACGAGAUCAUGAGGAGACGGAGUAUAGUGGUUCUGUGGAGUUAUCUAGGAGAUUAAAAUAG